AUGUUAGCUGGGGAGAAGUCCGCCGUUGAGGAUCAAGUGGUGACCCUAGACAUGGAAGUGGAUCGCCUAUCUCAACAGGUGCAGUGUUUGGAGGCGAAUAAGGGAACGUUGGAAGGAUGCUUGAGACAGCAGAGUGAACAUAUGGAAAGUGAGGCAUUAAAAAGGAACACUUUAGAGGAAGACUUGGCAUGGGUCCUCCAGAAGGGGGUGAUCCGUGUGGUGGACCGUGUCAUUGAAAGCGGCGAUUUUUCCCUUGGGAUUCGGCGCAUGAAGUCUGCAUGUGUGGUCGCUGGUAUGGAGAGCGGUAAGGAGGCGGUACGGAAGCAGUUGGCUAUUGGUCAUUUUAAUCCAUCAGAGUCGAAUGAUGUGAUCCAAUCUGCCCACACGAUGCGUGCUUCCAUAAAGGCCUGUGCUCAAACGGACUUCGUGUCGUACCUUCGCUUGGGCGAGUUGGACCUUACCAGCCUUCGUCAGCUGUGUUGUGAUUCCAACUCCGAAGGACCAGUCUUGGAUAGCGGAUCAGGAGGUGUUGGUCCAUCUUCUCUCCCUCAUGGUAAUUGA